AUGAGAACAAGCCUUUUUUUAGUAAUAUUAAUAUAUUUAUUAUCACCGCUCUAAGCAUAAUCUGGUUGGAAUGUUUAGUAUAAUUUUUUUACUACAAGUACUUUCAAUUCAGAUUAGAGUUGGACAAUUUCAAAUUAAGCAAGUGCUAAUAGCUAGUUUUUUUAAUGUGCAGCUAACAGUAUUUACGGGGGACCAAAUGUUUUUGGGUUAAGCUCAACAGGUAGCUAAACUUUUAUUACAAGUCCACUUUUAUCGUUUCCUACUCAUAAUUUGAUUUAAUUAUAGCUUACAGUUUAUGGAUUUGAUAGCUGGAGCAAUAUAGGUAGUUAAUCCACUGAUAGAAUAGAAAUUUAUGAUACGAUAUCUUCAUAAUUGUUAUAAACAAUAUAAUUUAAUCCUUCAAAAAUUACUUCUAUUUGUUCUGUAGGGCACCAAGAGAAUAAAGUAGUAUAAACAGUAAUAUUAAAUCAUCAAUCUCCUUCAAUAGUGAUACAAAUAAAGGGUUAUUAAACAUACAACGCUGCACAGUAAUCUUGGGGUAUAAGAGACUUUAUUAUAAGCUGGGCAUAGAUGGAUUAAUGUCCUGUGUCUUGUGUUAUUUGCCAAGCCAAUAAAAAUUGUAUUUAAUGCUAUCCAGGAUAUUUUUUAACCUAACCAAUUCCUUUGAGUGUAUGUGUAAAAGUUUGUCCCACUGGUUAUUUUGGAAAUACUAGUACAAAUACCUGCUAGGCAUGCCAUAAUUCUUGUUAAACUUGUUUUGGAGCUGCAUUUAAUUAGUGCUUAACAUGCGACUUAAGUAUUUAUACUUUUGUUCCAUAAAGAGGAACUUGUGAAUGCUUAGAAAAUCACUUUUACUCUCCAGGGUUAGGAUGCAUACCUUGUGAUAAGAGUUGUGAAAAUUGUGAUAAUACCACUUCUUGUUUAUCAUGCAAAAUAGGCUAUUUUUAAACUACCUCUCCUCUAUGCUCGCCUUGUGAAGAAUAAUGUGAAUCAUGUAGUUCUAUUUCAUCUUGUAACACAUGCUCAAAAUCUAAAAACAGAUAGCUAGUUACAAUUUCUUCCACAAAAAAUAAUUGCCAAUGCACCUAAUCUUAUUUCGAAAGGUUUUAAAGUGCCUAUUUUGAUAGUAGUCUAACAAGAGCUGAUUACUCCAGCUCUAGCUAUGGUUCUUGUUUAGCUUGCCCAAGUGGUUGUUUGGAUUGCGUAAACGAAGUUUAAUGCACAAAAUGUGUUUUAAAUGAUCACAGAAUUUUCACUAAUAACAUGUGUUAUUGCUAACAAUUAUACAAAGAUGACUCUGUCCUUCAUAAGUGCUAAAGCUAUGAUCCUGAUGGUACUUAACAACUACAAAUAACUAUGACUUCUAUAGCUGGCGCUUCCGCUGUCGCUGCGUUACCAACAUUGAUUCUUGGGAACCCUGCUUUUUUAAUAUCUUUUGUAGAUAUUAUUCAGAUAAUUAGAUAUAUUUUAUACGUUGAUGUGAGAUAUCCAGACUUAGUAGUGUCAUUUUUUAAAAUGUUUGAUGUCUUUGAUGCUUCAUUUAUUCCUUCUAUUGUUGACGAGAAUAGUUAUAUUUUGAGAACUUCAAAUGGUUUCUAUUACAAUUAAGUUGAUGGUCUAUUCUUGAGAAACUCUAACCAGUACAUUUUGAUCUUUAUAGUUUUGGCAGUUAUAUAUAUUAUUCUAAAAAUAUUGGAGAGGUUAUUUUUGAAGGCAAACCUUUCGAUAGCUCCUGAGGAAUCAAAUGUGAAAAAUAAAACAUUUCAUAAUUAAAAAGUAAUUUAAAAAGGUUAGCAACUUUAAAAAUAAAAUAAAAAUUUGCUCUCUGGUGAUUCAAAAAAGAAAACAGAAGCUAAAAAAAAUUUAAAUAAUUAAACCCCUCAAAUUUCUGGGAAAGAAAAGUGCAAAUUAUUUUUAAAAAAGGCUGUUGAGUUUUUUGAAUGGGGUAUUUUCUUAGGUUGCUUAGAAGCAGCUUACUUAAAUAUAACUACUUUUACUUUUUUAUAAUUGUAAAAUGCAGGUGUAAGCUUAGCUGUUGAAUUUAUUUCAUUUUUUGUAUCCUUCAUUGUCUUAACCGUUUUAAUAGGUUUUUUGAUAACCGUUUACGCUAUAAUCUAAAGAAUACUUGAUAUCCAUAAGCAAAGUGGCCUUUUCUUUUUAAAUGAGAAUUCAAAUUUUCAAGCAAUAAUCACGACAUAUGAAGAGGAGUAAGAGUAAAUAAAAGCUAAUGAUAAUUUUUAAAAGUCUUUUGCUAUGAUUUACAGCUUAUUUGUUCCUGGAUAGAUAUUGUAGUAAGGUUAUUAUCUCAUCGUAGCAGCUCGUAAAUUUAUUUUUUCUUUCUUUCUUGUAUUUGCUUACGAAGUUCCUGGUUUAAUUUUAAGUGUCUGGAUAGUGCUAAAUAUAUUUAUGAUUGUAAUUCUCAUAAAGUACAAACCAUACAAAAAAUUUCUUUUUACUGCAAGAGACAUCGUAUCUGAAGCAUGUUUCAUAAUAAUCCAUUGUCUUACAUACCCAUUUUUAUCAUCUGAUUUUGUUUAUGGUGCGAGUAACUAAGAUGAUUACUAAGGAUUAGGAAGAGCCAUAGUCGCUUUCUCUUUGAUCAUAAUUAUUAUUCACUUGAUUUGUCUAAUUUAUGAAGCAAUUAUGACCUUAAUUGAGUUCUUCAAGCCUAAAGAAAUUAUACCUCCAACACCAAUAAUACCAACAACACCCAAUCCAAGUCCAAUUCCAAAAGAACCUAUUAUCCUCACAGAAUAUUAAAAGCUCAAGCUCGGAUUAAGAAAACAGAAAAAAUACAUCAAAUUAGAAGAGAUCCAUAAAGAAAAUUUUUCACAAGAAAUUAAUAAACAAUAUUUUGAUAAGUUAUAAUAACUUGAAGACAUGAUGGCUUAGACAAAUGAUGAGAAUGAGUUUGAAAUUUUAAAAAAACAAUAUGAUUAGCAGGUUUUCUUGCUUAAUUUAAGUAAUCGCUUAUUUGAAUAUGUAAAAGAAAAUCCAAAUGCAACAAUAAUAUCAUAAGCUGAUAUAGGAAGCCUUCUUCCAGCUCAGCUUUAUAAUUUAAAAAAAAAUAAUGCAAACACAUUACAAGAAUCUGAAAAACAGUAAAAUAAUUAAACAUUUUAAUAAAACGUAGUAUAAAUACAUACGAAUAAUCAAAUCUUUUACUAGUAGCAAUAAUAGAAAAAUAUUUAUUCGAAUUAAGAUGUUAAUAAUAAUUUUCCUAAUUAAAAUCAUGAAUAAAGCAAGACUAAUUAAAACUAAUCAUAAAUUGAUAAUAAUAACGCUUAAUUAGUUGAAAUUGACAAAAAUAACUACUAAUAAGUUAAUAACAGUGCAGUUAAUAACUAAUAAAUUCAAGAUGUUAACACUAACGCUAACGCUUAGAUUAAAAGUUAAAUAUUACCGGAUAAAAAAGUAAUUAAUGUCUAAAAUUAAGAGUAAUCAUAACAAUAUAGCCAUAUCUAGCAAAGCAACCUAAAUGCUUAAAACUAGUAUUAGCAAAAUCAGUAGUAAGUAGUUUAAGGUGACUAAUUUGUUUAGCUUUAGAACGAACAGAAACAAUUUACUGUAUAAAUGAAUAAAUCAUAAAUUUAGAAUUCAAAUCACCGAUAUUCACAAGAAAUUGAAUAACAGGAUGAUUUCAUGUAUUAUGAUUAAACUUUUUAUAAUCAAAGCACACAAUAUCAACAGUCAAAAAAGGAUGCUCAUAGCCCAAAGAAAUAAUAAAUUUAAGAACAGAGUAAUUCGAAAAUUAUAAAUAUGUAGAGCCAAAAUUAAGAAUCAUAAUCACCUAAAAAGAGAAAAUAUUAAAGACAAAUAAAUCCCAUAAACGCUCCCAGAGUAGAAAACAUAAAUAAUGCACUAAAAAAAAUUAAUUAUCAAUGA